CUCAGGCCUCUUAGCAACGGGCAUCGCAAGGAAAACUUCAGGCAGCUUUUGCGAAGGGUUGCAAAAUAGGAGGGAUUUCCAAAGAGAUUAAAAACAGGAGCUUCACUCUUUGGCAGGACGGCUAAUUCUGCCCUACGCCGAAGCGAUGGGUAAAGAUAAGAAGAAAGACAGUAAAAAAGGAGAUAAAUCCGGAUCUGCUGCAGCCCACGACACGUCCAUCGAGUUAGCAAUUUCCAGCCUGAAUGUCCCACCUCUGUCGGACCAGGGGGAUGAGCACUUGGCUACUCGGGCAACUUCCAAAGAAAACAACAAGGAUCAAGAGCCUCCCCCUGUCCCUGAACCCAUUGAGUACGAAGAACCCAUCCUCACACAACUGAUUGUUGAAAGGUACGAAGGAGAAAAGGUCCGUGGGUUGUAUGAAGGGGAAGGAACUGCCUAUUUUCAAGGAGGCAACAUCUACAAGGGCGUGUUUUCAGAAGGGCUCAUGCAUGGACAAGGGACUUACACGUGGAGCGACGGAGUGCAGUACGAGGGAAACUUCGUCAAGAAUGUGCAAAUGCAUCAUGGCACUUACAAGUGGCCGGAUGGCAGUAUGUACGAAGGCGAAGUGAAGUACGGGAUCAGACAUGGUUUCGGCAUGUACAAAUGUGGCACCUAUCCUGUUUCGUAUAUUGGCCAGUGGGUGGAAGGCAAGAGACACGGCAAGGGCACCAUUUACUACAACGAAGCAGGUUCUUCUUGGUACGAAGGAGACUUUGUGAACAAUGUAAAAAGUGGAUGGGGAGUAAGACGUUACAAAUCUGGAAAUAUCUAUGAAGGACAAUGGGAGAGAGACCUGCGCCACGGAGAAGGACGAAUGAGGUGGCUUACAUCAAACCAGGAAUACACUGGAAUGUGGGUUAAUGGUAUACAGCAUGGGCAAGGUACCCAUACCUGGUAUCUGAAGAGGAUCGCUGGGUCACAGUAUCCCCUAAGGAAUGAAUACGUUGGAGAUUUCGUCAACGGUGAUCGGCACGGACAUGGGAAAUUCUUCUUUGCCAGCGGCGCAAUGUACGAUGGAGAAUGGGUGCUGAACAAAAAACAUGGCACGGGCAAGCUAGUUUUCAAGAACGGCCGUGUGUACGAAGGCGAAUUUAAUUACGACCACAUAGCGGAGUGUCCAUCCUUGCAAAUCGACAUGACUAACAUGGAAGAAGUGUGCAACCUCUCCCUGAAGGGUUUAUCUGGCAUAGAUAGCGUCAAAGUUGUUGACAAUUCAAGGACCUCCUCUUUGUCAGGACCAAACAUUGAAAUAGAUCUAUCGACCUUGUUAGCUUUAUUUCCGGAAAAAGACAAGGAAGAUGAAAUGAAACAGACAGAAUACGCUGUGCUGAGAUAUAUUUCGGAGCUGAGGAGAAUCUACACUUUCUACAGCAGCUUGGGCUAUGACCACUCCCUGGACAACACCUUCCUGAUGACCAAGCUUCAGUUCUGGAGGUUCUUGAAGGACUGCAGGUUUCACUACUGCAACCAGACCCUCGCUGCCAUGGACCGGAUUCUGAACGAUAAAACAUUACUGGAAGAGAUUCAUUCUCCUUACGAGACUUUGCUACUUAGGAUGUUUUUGACCUACCUGAUUUACCUGUCCUUCCACAUUUAUCACAAGGAUUUUGAUGACACAAGUCCUCGCCUGUUCAAGUGCUUCUCCAAGCUGAUGGUCAAGAAUAUUUGUCCUUACGCCUGCCGUACCAAAGGCAUUUUGUUCAGCGACCGACAGCAAGCCGUCUACGCGCUCAGUUACAUCGAUAAGUGCUGGGAGGUUUUCCAGGCGUUCUGUAGACCGAGCACCCUACCUCCUUACGAACCUACAAUGAAGAUGAGACACUUCAUUUGGAUGCUGGAAGAUUUAAGACUCAUCAGCAAACAACUAACAGCUACCAAGGUUGUGAACAUUCUGGCCAAAGACAAUCCUUUCGUCUCGGAUGCAGAGACCGUUAAUUUGGAGCACGAGCUUGUCUUCCUUGAGUUCUUCGAAGCUCUGGUAGACUGUGCCCUUCUUUAUGUCACCGAUGAGAUGUUGAAGCAACAGGCCGAAGAGGUGGCCCAAGCAAUCACCGCUUCUUACAGACCAGAUGAGUUGCCUGACAGGAGCGAAGCUGCCUCCCUGCCUCCCGAAUUGGCUUCUCCUCAGUCCGUUCAUACUAGAAGCACCAGCAGCGACGAAGCAAGCACCGAAGCCACGGACGCUGGCACCGUCCAACUUAGCUCCAAAAGUUCCUCAAGCAAGAUUGUGCAUUUCGAAGUGGGCAAGACCAAAAAAUCGGAAGGCCAUAAAAAGGGAAGUCAAAUGAAGGGAAGUGAACUGCUCUGCUGUCCCAACCCUCCAAGAUGAGAGCAACGGAAUAUCACAGUUGGAAGGGACCUCGGAGGUCUUCUAGCCCAGCGAUCACCAACUGGUGGUCCGUGGACCACCGGUGAUCCGCGAGAAAAUUUUGGUGGUCCGCAGGAAAAAAUUAUUUGCAUUUUUAAUAUUGCACUAAAUCAGAGGUCCACAAACUGCGGCCCCUGGGCCGGAUAUGUGCAAUGAACGUUUGUGUUGAGAGUCUUCUCCCUUCGGGGUCUUCUUGUGUGGAUCGGAGGGGGGCAGAAAUUCCGAUUUGGGGUCUGCUUCGGCCACCUGGGGUUUUGGGCGAAGGCUGGAGGGAAGCACCGCUGGUGGCGAAGAGCCGGAGGGCCUCGUUCCAGUGGGACUGCAUCAUGGCCUGGAACUGGCUGACCAUCUCAGCCUGCUGAGCCUCCAGGUGCCGAUACCUGGCCUUGCACUCCCGCAGGUCCUCCUUCUGCUUGGAAAGCCUAUGCUCCUAGUCCUCAGUGAGGUGCUUCUGCUGAGCCUCCUUUUCAGCCAGAUCCAAUUCGAACUGAGCUGUUUUGCCAACUCU